GUUGGGUAUCUUUCCCUCCUCCCACGAAAGUUGGCAUCCGACCAACAAACAGAUCUGCAGUUCAAGCCGCUCCUUUCUUGUCUGCUACCUGGACGUUCCUUUCCUCUCUUAUAGCACCCCGGUCUCCUUAAGUCCGGUCUUACUUUCGGUGGACUUUCGAUACUUGACUUAUGUUCAGUUAACGACAUGGCUCAGACCAACUCCCCGUCUCCGUUUUUCUCGACAUUUUCUCGUGCAUCUCUUUCUCUACUCCUUCUCCUCCAUGUCGCGUUCGCAACCCCUCCUCUGGUUGACUUUGACCGCAUGGGCAAGGUCGGCAUUGCUGGUUCAUUCUCUGGCUUCACUUUCCUAGACAAUUCUUCGAACACCGCGACUCUAGACCCUUCAACGUCGACCUUACUCUCUCGAUCCACCAACGGCGACAUCUCGCAAAUUGGGUCUACAAAUCCAGGCGGAAACAUCUUUGCAGGCUGCACUAUCGACGACACCUUUUACUUCGCGGGUAGCUUUUCCUCAAUAGGCGGAACACCCGCCAACAACGUUGCUUCAUAUAAGUCAUCGUCGGGUGCGGUCGCAGCCGUAGGCUCGAAUGGACCUAACGGCGAGGUUAGAGCGUUGUAUUGCGAUGCGAGUCAGAAGAAGGUCUGGGCAGGAGGCAGCUUUACUUCGCCCGCUCGGUCGGUUGCCGUGUUGGACGUCGCCUCUUCCUCCUGGUCUGCGCCUCCGUUCGGUGGUCUUUCGGGUUCAAAUGCUGAAGUUUCGUCGAUCACCACGAAUUCUUCCCACUCCAGUAUAUUUUUCGCUGGUUCUUUCGUUACCUCCUUCGGUAACAGUUCGAUCGUCAUCAAUGGCACUAACAAUCCUAACGUGCCAUUCUCGUCUGGCGCGACUCCCUUUUCGUCUUCUCUCGUACCUGUUCCAUUGCAGAAUGCACAGAUCGAUGCUUCACCGUCGACAACAGAGUCUGGCUUUGACAAUGUUUCCAAUAUUCUCUGCCCAGCUGGUGAGGAUGGACCUGGAAACACGUGGUUUGCCAGGGAUGGAAGCAGCCCGAUCAUUACGGUUCGGAAGUUCUCGUUCUUGAGUGCCAGUGGUAUUCGAAUCGGGAACACGUUCUUGGACGGGCGAGGGACAACAGCAUUCUCCAUCACCACUAUUCCCGAUAAUACUGUUCAGACUCUACGCUACACGGAUCCGGAGGAUGGCAACAACAAGACCUGCAGCAAUAAUUGCCCCCUCCUCACCGACCCUUCUGUCCCUUAUCAAGACUUCCUGUUCAACCAAGCUGCAGAUAUCACCGGUUUCCAGUUGACAUUGACUGAAUGGAAAGGUGAUGGACCUGGCCUCCAUCUUCUACAGCUACUUUCCUCUGGCGCUUCCGCCUCCGCCAUUGAAGCUGACAAUGGAGUGUCAUGUUUCGCUCCGAACCCUUCCAAUUCGUCCCAGACGGGUAACUGGAUUGAAAAGGUGGCGAAUACAGACAUUCCAGGAACGAUUCAAGCUGUUUUGGUAUCCGAGGUCAAUGUUGGUACACCGUCGUCUCAAGGUCCAACGUUUACUUGGAUGCCCUACGUUUCUGCUUCGGGGCAGUACGACAUCACCCUUCUCGUUCCAGGAUGUACAGACUUUCAGGAUUGCGCACUACGUACCAGCGUAAAGGUCACCGUGUUCCCUGGUGACGGCCUCGACCCCAUUAUCAGAACAAUUUCUCAACGGAACACGGAGAAUGCGUUCGUGUCAAUUUACAGUGGGCCCAUUGUGCCAACUUCGCAGACGUUCGUUGCGACGAUCACGAUGGCGCUGGCAGACAACCCUGAAGGCAGUGGUCAGAAUGGGAAAUAUGAGAUUGUUGCAGAUCGAGUGCAGCUGAUCCUGACUAGCGCAAACGUCACUGGAAAUGGUAGUGUCGGUAACCCCAACCCAUCUGCAGCAUCUCAGCGUGGUUUUGGAUUCUUCGAAUGGCCUCUUAGCUCGUCAGACAAUGUCAACGCUAGCGGCAUUCUUCCUAAUUCUUCCGUCACCAGUCUAGAUGCCAUUGGGUUUGAGAUGUUCACCGCCCUUGGUGGUGCCUCCGCGACGGAUUCGAUCAGUGCGGUUGCGCACCACGACUCUGGUGUCAUUUUCCUUGCUGGGGACUUCAACCUGUCGGCCGGUCCUGCAUCUGGUGCAUCCAACAUCGUGGCAUUCAAGGACGGCGCGCUCACUCAAUUGUCCAACAGAGGUCUCAAUGGACCCGUCACUUCCCUCGUGGUCGACAGUGAUGCACUGUUCAUCGGCGGUUCGUUCACGGAUACCGCUUCUGCAUCGACAAAUGGCGCUUUGAGCAGAGUCGCCAUCUACGACGUGAAGAACAAUCAGUGGAAGGCGAUGGAAGGGGGCGUGAAUGGCGUCGCUUUCGGGCUCAGUCUCAGCAACGAUGAAGUUACCGUCGUAGGCAACUUUUCCUCUCCUAUGGUCGCCCAGAACAAGCCGUUGAGCAGUUCUGCGUCGAGUUUCGCGUCAUGGGAUGUGACCUCUGGCAAUUGGAGUGAUACCACAGGCCUGAUCAUGGGGAACCUCACGUUUGUCACAAACAACACUUCGAAUGGUGACUUUAUGGCCGGCCACAUCUCGGCUUCGUACGAGUUCGGUGCAUCUGGUUUCGCCUUAUUGCAGAACAAUGGUGACGAUGGCAUCCCUCAUGUUACCGCUCUCAACCUUCCCUUAGGCCUUCCUUCCACUACCUCAGUUCCCGCCGUGAGCCGUCGCUACCAUAUUCGUCGUACCGCUGCUGCUAUCCUGCCUCGGAUUGGUCAAUUCUUUAAACGACAAUCACCCAGUACGACUAGUCUUACGCCUUUACCUACUACGCAGCCCAUCUCCGCACCCGCUAUUCUCGCAGGCGCAUUUUGGACAAACAGCUCUUCCAAUGUGGACGUCGCUAUCGUUGGCGGUAACUUCACCUUCACCAGUGCUUCUGGUCAAGCCGCUCAGGACUUGGCCGUUUACGAGCUGGAUUCGGGCGUUGUCAGUGCUCUGAAGGGUAAUCAAGUCAAUGGGUCUAUUCACUCUCUCCUUGUUCAAGGCAACCUGCUUUUCGUCGGUGGUACUUUCACCGUCGAAGGGACAAACCAGGUUGGAUUUGCCGUGUACGAUCUUGCAGAAGAGCAGUGGGAUGUUACUGGUGUCCAACCUUUGCAGAGCGGUUCCAAUGCUCUUGUCACUGUUCGCUCUAUCACAGCGUCGCCUUCACAGUCGAAUGUGCUUAUCGUUGCAGGCUCUUUUGCUUCAGCUGGUUCGACUACGUGCAGAGCCAUUUGUUCGUUCGAUUUCUCGAGCAAGCAGUGGAGUGCGUUGGGAAGUGGGAUUCAAGGAGAAGUAGCUUCUGUGGCAUAUGCUGGGAACACAAGAGACAUCAUCAUCGCCUCAGGUUCCAUUGCGUUGGCAGACAGCACCUUAACCAACGUCGCCAUGUACACGAUCGGAAAUUCGACUUGGUCUGCCAUUGGUAACUCAGAUUCGUUGCCAGGACCUGUCACUGCAGUUGAAGUGAAUAACGGCAAUAGCAGCAGUAUCUUUGCUGCCGGCAAAGCAAGUGAUGGUUCAUCGACAUAUCUGUCUUACUGGGAUGGUCACACUUGGAACUCAAUUGGAUCGGGCCUCACUGCUGCCGCCGACGUUUCCCAGCUGAUCAUGGUGCCUCUGCAGAAUACACACGAAGCCAACGGUGUCGUUGAGCCGGAUCGCAUGUUGAUGGUGUCAGGAUCACUUUCAGAUUCUUCGUUUGGCAACGCUUCGUCUGUGUUGUUUGAUGGACGACAGUUUAUCCCCUACAUCCUUUCAGCUUCAACAACUGGAGCACCCGGCGCUAUCUCUUCUCUUAUUCACUCGAUAUCUCAGUUCAGCUUCAACCAGCGUCAUUUCCUCGCUACCGGUGUUGUCAUUCUCAUUUCCAUUGCUAUUGCCGCUGGUGUGGUCUUCCUCCUGGCGCUCAUUGGUAUUCUCUGGACCCUAUUCUCCCGUCGUGAUGACAAGAUCAACAAAUUUGAUCCUGCUGAAGCAGAGGAGGAUGACUCUCUGCAUCGUCCAUCUUCGCUCCUUGAACACAUCAACGCAGCUACUCGCACAACCAUAUUUGGUGGUCACGAUCCAUUCAACAGUGACACUGCGGAGAAAGAAGUUGGAGCUGCCGCCCUUGCUUCUGCUUCAUCCGAUCAUGAUCCCUUUGGACCGGAUGGUAGUAACUAUAUUCGAGCCGAGACUCCUUCCGACGCCAUCAUGGGAAUGGCUGGGGAGGAAGUGGGCCGAGCUGCACACGCACGUUACUCUUUCAAUGGAGAGGGUGAAGGUGAGCUUCGGCUUGUGGGUGGUCAAGAAAUAGAAGUUCUUGAUGACCGAGAUCCCGCGUACGUACUUCUGUCAUUGUUAUAUCUUCCUGCAUUAAUGACAUUCGAUCACAGGUGGUGGUACGCUCGAGAUCCUCGGUCAGGACAAGAAGGCGUAGUUCCUGCUGCGUAUGUGUACUAGGACUGUUCGGACUGUUCCUCACAUUUCUCUCUUCUUCUAUCUACUCGUGGUCUCCUUGCUGUCGUUUGUCAUCGUUUUGAUACCCCCCCACCAUUGUACGAGGUCGAACCUCAAGAUCGUUGAAAUUUGGAUACAGUUAUUGUUCUCAUAGAGUCUGCAUUUUUUUUAUUACUGGGCGGACCUAUAAUAGUCGUAUUUUAUGUAUGCUUUAGCGUAUGCCUCUUGGCUUCUGUCGCAUGCAUUUUCUCGGCACUUCACUAUGGUUUUGCAGCUGUGAUUUGAGGUAUCAGAUCCAAGCACAAUCGGAAAAUAUGGUGGGCUAAUCGCCUCCAGGCUUCAGACGCCUUCACUUC